AGACGGAAGGCAGCGUGCCAGCUCAGGGCGUGUGGCCGCACCCUGUGGGCUCAGGGCACGCGGGGGCUGUGCCCGCGGGCAGCUGAAGGCAUGUGCGGGUGACAUCUGUUCCAGCUGGACCAAGAGAGCGGGAUCCAGAGUGGCCAGAGCUCUCCUCCAUUAGCUUUGCCAUCUCAUCGGACUUGCAGCCUCACUUGGCUGCUUCCAGCCAUGAAGCUCCUUUUGCUGACUCUGGCCACACUGCUGCUCCUGUCCCAACUCUCUCCAGGUGGCACCAAAAAAUGCUGGAAUCUUCACGGCAAAUGCCGCCAGAAAUGCUUCGGGAAGGAACGGGUCUAUGUUUACUGCACAAAUAAUAAAAUGUGCUGUGUGAAGCCCAAGUAUCAGCCAAAAGAAAAUCCUUGGAAAUUUUAAGUUCUCUGAAGCCCAGAGCCAUCCAAAUGCAGAUGAAGCCACCCUGAGUGGACUCCCCGGGGGCGGGCUCUCAAGCUCUGUCAAUAAACCCCUCUGGCUGA